AUGAUCGCCGCUUUCUGCACAUUCCUCAUCAUCGUGAGCGCCUGCAUCACCUAUAUUCUGAUCAGCACCUCCAAGUACCCCUCAUAUAUCCCCCAAGCCUUCCCUCAAGCCCACCAAUCAUCUCAUCCCAAAGAGGCGUACGUCCUGUACGACCCGGCGAGUAUCCAGUCAGACUAUAUGGACUACUGCCACCUCCUUACCCUUUUCAGCCUCAAGACUGAUACCGAGCUUCGCGACCCGUCCAAUCGUGAUGUGGUCGUCAUGGUGACCAACCAGACCGCCGAGGCCGACAUCCAGCAGCUCGAGCGUGCCGGCGCUAAGAUCUUCCGUGUUCCGCACAGUCUCCGAAAUGUCUUCCCCCAUCGAGACUCUUGGCCCGAGACAUACCACUACGUAUGGGAUAAGGUGUGGGCAUUCGCAUUGACCGAAUACGAUCGAGUGCUAUACAUGGACUCGGAUAUGGUCUUCAAUCGACCCAUCCACCCGAUUUGGGAGAGUCGGAACUCUAUGCCGGAGCAUAGACUGGCGGCAACGGCUGACUGGCAAGGCGUUUAUCAGACGCCGAUGCCUGACGGGCCGUACUUCAACUCGGGCUUCAUGAUGAUCCGACCGGAUCAGCAGACAUUCGAAGAGAUCUUGAGGGUGGAUCUUUCAGAAUCCUCGCUUCAAUGGCCGGACCAAGACCUGCUCAACAUCUAUUUCUCCCGUGAUGGACCCCACCCGUGGGUGCCACUAGACCACCUAUUUCACUCGAACAUGGCAAAAGAAGAAGAUCUCGAAGCAGGGACGAACGUUAUUCAAGCCAAAGCGUGGUGGGAUAUCACCAAUGCAGGGGUGCAAAAUCUGUGGUUUGAGCGGAUGGGCAGGAUGAGGGGCUGGCGCAUGGCCAAGGAGGCGAGGCGAAAGGCCCAGGUCAGCGAUAAUCAGUAA